UGCUCCCACGAAACAAAUGGAAAUAUGGAGGAGGAAGCCUCCGAUCGAGAAGAGGCGGUGAGGUCUCGCCGGGUGCCUGCGGUCCGACGAGGCUAUUCUGGAGGAGCGAAAUAGGGCUAUAAGUGGAUCGGGUCGGGUCCAGAUCCUGGUUGACCCAAAUCCGAUUCUAGCUAGUCUUAGCCUCUUAGGUUUCCAGAUCCGUAUCGGACCCAGACAACUUGCGGGUCGGAUGCAAUCGGAUCCCCUCACGGGCGCGCUUCCUUGGCUCCUGCUCUACUUCCCCCUGCCCUCGGAGCUUCUCCGCCCCUUACCCUACUUCCCCUUUUCCCCCUUUCCCGUUCAUCUGCGGUCCGAGACGAGAUGGGUCCUCAGGGCCAGACCACCUCUCUCCAACGCCUGUAUCUCGUCGAGAAGCGAAUAGUUCGGGUGGUGGAGCUGGCGGGAUCGGUGAUGGACGAGCUCGCCAAUUCCACUGGGCCCCGAACGGACAUCCUCACCACGCACUGCCGCGAGUUCAUGCAGUCCAUCAAGGAGAUUCAAACAACAUUGCGUGAGGAAAUCAAAAGUGCGUGUGAGUAUCGUCCAUUCGAGAAGUGUGAUUAUAGUGCCAGAAUUUCUAAUGAGAUUUGUUGCAAGAAAUUGGAAUACAUUAUUGAGCAGUUGGAUGGCAUGCAACAAAGCAUUGAUCAGUGUAAAGAUGGAAUAUGAGAAGCUAAACUUCAUCUGGAUUAGACAUGCAAUUUUCUUUCUUAUGGUGAGAUCAGCUGUGAAUAUUAUGUCGUCGGGGCUGCAAUACAGCUUGAAGGAAAUCGGUCAACAUGGAAAAUUAAAUGCCUCUUAAUAGCACAGGAUAAUGAAUCAAUGGAUGGAGAACUUGCUACUAGCAAUUAUUUGAACUCUCGGCUCUCUUUUAUAUUAUGAGAUACAUUCGGUAAACUUAUUGUAGAAUGGAAUUUAGUUAUGACUUCAGAUGCAUUAGUUGGAUGGGGUCAUUGUUUGAAGGCCAUGCUAGUGAUAAUAUGCUUCAAUUA